GAGCGGGGCGGGGGAGGGAGGAGCCAGAGCGGCCGCCGCCUCUGCCGGAGGAGCCGCGGGGCCGCCACACUCGCCCCCCGCCCCCCCGCGCUCACUCGCACUCACACCCCGGCGCUGGAGGCGGGAGGCCCGGGCCCCACCGGCCCCCCAUGGACGCCCCCGGCACGGGGCGCUAAGACCCCCCGCGUCGCUGUCCGAGCCCGGUCCAGCGCGCCACGCCGAGGGAUCUCUGGACAGGACAAGACUCUGAAGAUUCUUCAGCCCCUAACCCAGGACCCCUCCCCCCCACUGACCCAGCUUGCCCCCCCUAAUUUUCCCACCUGCUACUCCCUGGCCCCUCCCACCACCUGCCCCCUCUUUGGGGCGCAGGGCAUGGUGUGAAAGGCCAAGUGCUGAGGCGGGUACCAUGGGUGCUGUGCCCUAGGGCCUGGGUGGUGGGGGGUGGGUGGCCUGUGGGCGUGCCGGGGGGGGCAGUGUGCCCACCCCAGUCUCUUGGCGUGCUGGAGGGCAUCCUGGAUGGAAUUGAAGUGAAUGGAACAGAAGCCAAGCAAGGUGGAGUGUGGGUCAGACCCAGAGGAGAACAGUACCAGGUCACCAGAUGGAAAGCGAAAAAGAAAGAACGGCCAAUGUUCCCUGAAAACCAGCAUGUCAGGGUAUAUCCCUAGUUACCUGGACAAAGACGAACAGUGUGUCGUGUGUGGGGACAAGGCAACCGGUUAUCACUACCGCUGUAUCACUUGUGAGGGCUGCAAGGGUUUCUUUCGACGCACAAUCCAGAAGAACCUCCAUCCCACUUAUUCCUGCAAAUAUGACAGCUGCUGUGUCAUCGACAAGAUUACCCGGAAUCAGUGCCAGCUGUGCCGCUUCAAGAAGUGCAUCGCUGUGGGCAUGGCCAUGGACUUGGUUCUAGAUGAUUCAAAGCGGGUGGCCAAACGCAAGCUGAUCGAGCAGAAUCGGGAACGGCGGCGGAAAGAGGAGAUGAUACGAUCACUGCAGCAGAGACCAGAGCCCACUCCUGAAGAGUGGGACCUGAUCCAUGUUGCGACAGAGGCCCAUCGCAGCACCAAUGCCCAGGGCAGCCAUUGGAAGCAGAGACGGAAAUUCCUGCCGGAUGACAUUGGCCAGUCACCCAUCGUCUCCAUGCCGGAUGGAGACAAGGUAGACCUAGAGGCCUUCAGCGAGUUUACCAAGAUCAUCACCCCAGCCAUCACUCGUGUGGUGGACUUUGCCAAAAAACUGCCCAUGUUCUCCGAGCUGCCUUGUGAAGACCAGAUCAUCCUCCUGAAGGGGUGCUGCAUGGAGAUCAUGUCCCUUCGGGCAGCUGUCCGCUAUGACCCUGAGAGCGAUACCCUGACGCUGAGUGGGGAGAUGGCGGUUAAGCGGGAGCAGCUCAAGAAUGGUGGCCUGGGCGUAGUCUCUGACGCCAUCUUUGAACUGGGCAAGUCACUCUCUGCCUUUAACCUGGAUGACACGGAAGUGGCUCUCCUGCAGGCUGUGCUGCUAAUGUCAACAGACCGCUCCGGCCUGCUGUGUGUGGACAAGAUCGAGAAGAGUCAGGAGGCAUACCUACUGGCGUUUGAGCACUACGUCAACCACCGCAAACACAACAUUCCGCACUUCUGGCCCAAGCUGCUGAUGAAGGUGACUGACCUCCGCAUGAUCGGGGCCUGCCACGCCAGCCGCUUCCUCCACAUGAAAGUCGAGUGCCCCACCGAACUCUUCCCCCCACUCUUCCUCGAGGUCUUUGAGGAUCAGGAAGUCUAAAGCCUCAGGCGGCCAGAGGGUGUGCGGAGCUGGUGGGGAGGAGUCUGGAGAGAAGGGACAGAGCUGGGGGCUAGGGUGACCCCCCCACACCUAUUCUCUCCUUCCUCCCAUCCUUGGAUAGAUGCAGCUCCCAUACACCCCUGCACUGCCCAGAUCCCCUCAGAAUCCAGCCCUGAGACAGGGCAACAAAUGAACUUGCUAUGAAAGGACAGUGUGGAAGGCUGGGACCUAAGUCCUGUAGUUCCUAGGACCCCAUCCUCUAAGAAGGUAGGGGACAGGAGGAAGAACUUAGAGGGACAAGCCAUCUUGACUGCAGGGACAGGAGGAUGAGGGAUGGGGCAGAUGCCCUCACUCACCCCUACACACACACCAGAGAGUCCUGCCAAGUUCCUUGGCCUAGGUUUCCCUUCAGGCCACAGGUCUCUAUUUCCCCAGAUGCCUGGGUGCAAAGGACAGCUUGGCUUAGCUUGGCUCGGCUCCUCCCCUGGAGGCUAAAAAUGGUAGUCAUCCUAACUGCACUUUGGAAACCAAGCAAGGGGAGAAGAUAAAUGAAGAAAAACUAGAUGGGGGGGAGGGGGGAGACAAAAAAGAGAGUGAGAGAGACAGAGAGAGAGAGAUGAUAUUAAGUUAUUAGCUGAGGCUGGCCCGUGGGGAAGGACCACCCCCUUCCCACCCCCAUGCACUUUGAGAGCUACCCUUCCAACCCCCAGGUCAGAGAGAAAUGCCCCCAGCAGACCUCCAAGGGUAGGGCUGCUGAUCAGAGCUGUGAGUUGACACAACAGGGUCCUGGCACCCCCUUGCCUUCCUCCCACCCUUGUGCCCCUUUGGCACCCCACCCUAGUACUUCCUCUGCUCUCUGCCACUCGUGCCCGCUGAGUUCCAUCUACCUCUCACGCUGGAUGCCAGCUGGCCCCUUACCAGCCUGCCCUGCUGCCCACACAGCUCCCCUUUCAAGUGCCCAGCCCUAGGGGCCUCCCUAUCCCCCUCCUUCCACACCUUGGCACCCACACAGGAAAAACUGUGGCCCAGGCUCCUUUCCUCCUCAUAUCCUGCAGUAUUAGCUACAAUCCAGAUGCUGCUGAGUGGGGGGUGGGGUGGACAUGAACGUCUCCCAGAACUUUUACCCUUGUAGGACUCUGUCUCCCUGUUUCCUGUCUGUCUUCUGGGCUCCCUCAGCCCUCCUUCCGCCCUCCCACUCAGUGCACUAACCCAGACUCCGAGCAGGUGGGCACGCAAUGGGGGUGUUUUUACCAGUGGCACUUAGCUGGGCCCAGGGGAGGAGGUAGUUGGUGCUCCUGUUUUCUUUGAAGCUCUUUAGGCCAACCACUCUCUGCCCCUGGGAACCCUUUCCCCUCUUUUCUCUAAUUCAGGGACUUUGGCUUGAGCCACCUCCCACCCUCUGGUGCGAGAGUGUUGCGUUGGUCUGCACUUGAGUGAACUGCCCUCUUCCCCCUCCUCCCUUUGGCUACAGCCCACUCCUCAGGGGAGAGAGGGAGGGAGGAGUGGCCCUCCCAUGGGUGGGGAGGAGAGGGAGGAACAGAGCAGACCAGUGACCCCGGGCUCAGGGCUGCAUGUCGGCAGGGAUGGAUGGGUGGACACAGAUGCCCCCCGGAAGCCAUGGGGAAUGGGGCAGGGGGCAGGGGAGGGGUGCCAGGGCUUCCUGCGCUUUGCACUAUUGGGGCAAAAAUGUCUUAAGCAGUGGGGAACCUGCCACCCCGCUCUGACCCUCAGCCUGCCACAGCCCCUACACACAUACACACAAACACAGACACAGACACACACACACACACACACACAGGAAGGCAAUGCCAUGCUGUCUCCCAGGGCAGUGUCCUCUGCCACUGUUCAGGUGUUCCAACUGGGUGGAGGGCCUGGAGGAGCAUCUGCUGUCACCUGUGCAUGUGCCUGUCCCACCCCUCUGGGGCCCCUGGGCCACCUGUGCUGUCUUUGUCUCUAUCCUCUUUCUCUCUCCUGGGGUACUGAUUCCCUGUAUUCCUCCAGUCCCAUGGGUAAACCCUCUCGGCCUUUCCUCCCACACCUGGGGGCCCAGUGGAGUUCCUGAUCUGCCUGCUGUCUCCCUCCUUCCCCUGGCCCCACUCUUCCUCUCCAUUCCCAUUCUCAGCCAUAGGCACUUGGGAAUCCCCUCCCCCUCCCCAGUCACUUGAGCUGUGAUCCCCUAGCCUAGGCCCUUCCCCCUACCCUCAGUGGAGUGUAUGUGUGAGUUCCUCUGUGUGAAUGUAUGAGUGAGUACAUGUGGUAGGGAGGAGCCAGAGAGACUCAGGAGUGCCAUGCACCUGCUCUAUAGAGAGGCAGCUGUCCCAGUCCCUGCUGUGGAAGUGGGGGACAGGGCCCUCUCCUGAGGGCCAUUGGUGCUAAUGGGGGAAUGGCCUUGGCUGGGUGCUUAGCAUGCCUCCUCCAGUGUUGGCCCGGGGCACUAGGGCAGGCCAGGUGGGGCAGCAGGUGCAGUAUUGAUAGGAGGAUGGGUUGCUGGGAGAAGGUUGAGGGGGCCAGGCCAGGACAAGGGGGUGCCAGAGCCAUGACCACUACCCCGCCCCCACCACCGCCUCUCCAUCUCAGUAUUCCCCGCUCCCAUCACUUAUAACACACAUACCUCAUCCAGCCUCCUCCCUGCUCAGACUUGGGGAGGGUGGGGGAGGAGGAGCCCCUACCCCUUCCCCGGGUGGUGGGUCUAUAGGGCUGGGAGAGGGCAGGCCAGGGCCUGUGACACAUACACCGUCCAUAAGGGGGACAGUACUUCCUGCCCUAGGAACUCCUGGGUGGGGGAGGGAGACACUGCCCAGAGGCGCUACUGAAUGUAUGAGAAGCUGGUGCUGGGGUGGGGGGAGGGGGGUUGUGGCUAGAAACAGGGAAGGAGAUAGGUCCCUUCCCCAGGGAGGGGUGGGACCGGUAGGGGUGACUUGCGGGGCUCCUACUCCUAACCCACAUUGACAAUCAGUAUGUCUGUUAUGUGCGAUUUUUCACCCCGUUGUGUUUUGGGUCAGGAUUUUAAAGAAAGAUAUUUUUAUGGUAAUUGUUGCUCGUCUAUUUUACUAUAUAUUUAUGUAAUAAAUAUAUGAUGAAAAUAA